GUGUCUGGCGGUACUUGAAAGGCAAAGAUAUCGUGGCCCAGGAGAACCUGCUGGAUGGUGGCAACAAGGUGGUGAUCAGCGGUUUUGGAGACCCCCUCAUCUGUGACAACCAAGUGUCCACUGGAGACACCAGGAUCUUUUUUGUGAACCCGGCACCUCCCUACCUGUGGCCAGCUCACAAGAAUGAGCUGAUGCUCAACUCCAGCCUCAUGCGGAUCACUCUGCGGAACUUGGAGGAGGUGGAGUUCUGUGUAGAAGACAAACCCGGGACCCACUUCACGCCCGUGCCUCCAGCACCUCCUGAUGUGUGCAGGGGAAUGCUGUGUGGCUUUGGGGCCGUGUGCGAGCCCAGUGAGGAAGAUCCAGGCCGAGCCUCCUGCGUGUGCAAGAAGAGUCCCUGCCCCCUGGUCGUGGCGCCUGUGUGUGGCUCGGACGCCUCGACCUACAGCAACGAGUGUGAGCUGCAGCGUGCGCAGUGCAGGCAGCAGCGGCGCAUCCGCCUGCUCCGCCGCGGGCCCUGUGGGUCUCCGGAUCCCUGUGCCAAUGUGACCUGCAGCUUCGGCAGCACCUGUGCACGCUCACCGGACGGGCGGAGCGCCUCGUGUGUAUGCCCCACGACGUGCCCCGGGGCCCCCGAGGGCACGGUGUGCGGAAGCGAUGGCGUUAACUACCCCAGUGAGUGCCAGCUGCUACGCCAUGCCUGCACCCGCCAGGAACACAUCUUCAGGAAGUUCAACGGCCCCUGUGACCCCUGCCAGGGUACGCCAGCCGACCCGAGCCGCCUCUGCCGCGUAGACCCUCACACGCGGCGCCCGCAGAUGCUCCUGCGGCCAGAGAGCUGCCCUUCCCAGCAGGCGCCCGUGUGUGGGGAUGAUGGGGUCACCUACGAAAACGACUGUGUCAUGGACCGCACCUCCGCUGCCCGAGGCCUGCUCGUCCAGAAGGUGCACUCCGGCCGGUGCCAGCCUCGAGACCAGUGUGUGGAGGCCUGCCGGUUCGGUGCCGUGUGCCUGUCGCACCGAGGGCGUGCCCGUUGCUCCUGCGACCGGGUCACCUGUGACGGGGCCUAUCGGCCUGUGUGCGCCCAGGACGGGCGCACCUACGACAAUGACUGCUGGCGCCAGCAGGCCGAGUGCCGGCAGCAGCGCGCCAUCCCCGCCAAGCACCGGGGCCCCUGUGCCCAGGCCCCGUCCCCGUGCCGUGGGGUGCAGUGUGCGUUCGGGGCGACGUGUACGGUGAAGAAUGGGGAAGCCGUGUGCGAGUGCCAGCAGGCGUGCUCAGGCGUCUACGACCCUGUGUGUGGCAGUGACGGCGUCACCUACGGCAGCGCGUGCGAGCUGGGGGCCAUGGCCUGCGCCCUCGGGCGGGAGAUCCGGGUGGUCCGCAGAGGACCCUGUGACCGAUGUGGGCAGUGCCGCUUCGGAGCUCUCUGCGAGGUGGAGACUGGGCGCUGUGUGUGCCCCUCUGAGUGUGUGGCCUCGGCCCAACCCGUGUGCGGCUCGGAUGGGCGCACGUACGCCAGCGAGUGUGAGCUGCACGUCCACGCCUGUACACACCAGAUCAGUCUCCACGUGGCCUCUGUCGGGCACUGCCAGACCUGUGGAAACACCGUGUGUGCCUUUGGGGCAGUGUGCUCCUCUGGACAGUGUGUGUGUCCUCGGUGCGAGCACCCCCCCCCUGGCCCUGUGUGCGGCAGUGACGGCGUCACCUACGGCAGUACGUGUGAACUACAGGAAGCCGCCUGCCGGCAGCAGAUGCACCUCGAGGAGGCCCGGCCGGGGCCGUGCGAGCAGCCGGAGUGUGGCUCGGGAGGCUCCGGCUCGGGAGAGGACGGCGAGUGUGAGCAGGAGCUCUGCCGGCAGCGCGGUGGCGUCUGGGACGAGGACUCGGAGGACGGGCCCUGCGUCUGUGACUUCAGCUGCCAGGGUGUCCUGAGGAGCCCGGUCUGUGGCUCAGAUGGUGUUACCUACGGCACAGAGUGUGACCUGAAGAAGGCCAGGUGUGAGUCACAGCGAGAGCUGUAUGUGGUCGGACAAGGGGCCUGCCGCAGUACCACAUUGGCCCCAUUGCUGCCUGAGGCCCUAACACACUGUACCCAGACACCGUAUGGCUGCUGUCAGGAUAAUGUCACUGCGGCCCGGGGCGUGGGCCUGGCUGGUUGCCCCGGGACUUGUCGGUGCAACCCGCAUGGCUCCUACGGGGCCACCUGUGACCCGGCCUCCGGCCAGUGCUCCUGCCGGCCAGGUGUGGGUGGCCUCAGAUGCGACCGAUGUGAGCCCGGCUUCUGGAACUUCCGUGGCAUUGUCACCAAUGGCCAAAGCGGCUGUACUCCCUGCAGCUGUGACCCUUGGGGUGCAGUGCGGGAUGACUGUGAGCAGAUGACCGGACUGUGCUCCUGUAGGCCUGGUGUGGCCGGUCCCAAGUGCGGGCAGUGUCCAGAUGGUCACGUCCUGGGCCCCACCGGCUGUGAGGCAGAUUCCCGGGCACCCGAGACCUGUGUGGAGAUGCGCUGUGAGUUUGGCGCCUCCUGUGUGGAGGAGGGCGGCUCUGCUCACUGUGUCUGCCCCGUCCUCGCUUGCCUGGAGGCCAGUGCCACCAAGGUCUGCGGGUCAGACGGUGUCACCUACGGCAAUGAGUGCCAGCUGAAGACCAUCGCCUGCCGCCAGAGGCUGAACAUCUCCACCCAGAGCCUGGGCCCGUGUCAGGAGGCCGUUCCUGUGGCUUACCCCACCAGCCCAGGGCACGUCUCGAGCGAGGCCUCGCCACCUUCGCCCGGCACCCUCCCGCUGGCUCCCAGUAGCAGCCCCCGGGCCUGGACCACCCCUGCGGCGUCAUCGCCCCCACAGACCACAGCCAGCCUCCCCAGGACCACUGUGUGGCCCAUGCGGACCCUGCCACCCACAGCACCCUCCACCGUGUCCAGUCUCGCCCUGUCUGCCUUCGGUGAAUCCGGCAGUGCCGACGGCAGUGGUGAUGAGGAGCUGAGUGGGGACCAGGAGGCCAGUGGGGGAGGCUCUGGGGGCCUCGAGCCUCCCGACAGCAGCCGUGAGGUAACCCACGGGCUGCCCGUCGAAAGGGCUUCCUGCUACAACUCACCUUUGGGCUGCUGCUCGGAUGGCCAGACACCCUCCCUGGACGCAGAGGGCUCUAACUGCCCGGCUACCAAGGCCUUCCAGGGAGUGCUGGAACUGGAGGGGGUCGAGGGGCAGGAGCUGUUCUACACGCCUGAGAUGGCUGACCCCAAGUCAGAGCUGUUUGGGGAGACUGCCAGGAGCAUUGAGAGCGCGCUGGACGACCUGUUCCGGAACUCAGAUGUAAAGAAGGACUACCGAAGUGUCCGCCUGAGGGACCUGGGGCCUGGCAGAUCGGUGCGCGCCAUGGUGGAUGUGCACUUUGACCCCACCACAGCCUAUCAGGCGCCCGAUGUGGGCCGGGCCUUGCUCCGACAGAUCCAGGCGUCCAGACGCCGGGCCCUGGUGGUGAGGAAGCCUCUUCAGGAACACGUGCGGUUCAUGGACUUCGACUGGUUUCCGGCGUUCGUCACGGGAGCUGCAACAGGAGCCACAGCCAGAGCAGCUACUGUGGGCCGACUGCCCUCCUCGGCCGUGACCCCGGUGGGCCGACUGCCCUCCUCGGCCGUGACCCCACGUGCCUACCCCACUCACACUAGCUGGCCCAUCGGCAGGACCCCAGCGCCCCCUGCCACUCGACGGCCACCCACCACUGCCCCCAGCCGUGGCCGGACUCUGCCUCUGGGUCCCCAUCAGCUGUCCCUUCCCUGUGAUUCCCAGCCCUGCCUGUAUGGGGGGACCUGCCAGGACCAGGACUCUGGCAAGGGCUUUGCCUGCAGCUGCCCUGCCGGCAGAGGAGGCGCCGUCUGUGAGGAGGCGCUCCGCUCCUCCGUGCCAGCCUUUGGGGGCCACUCCUUUCUUGCCUUCCCUACCCUGCGUGCCUACCACACCCUGCGCCUGUCGCUGGAAUUCCGGGCUUUGGAGCCUCAGGGACUUCUGCUCUACAAUGGCAAUGCACGCGGCAAGGACUUCCUGGCACUGGCACUGCUGGGUGGGCAUGUGCAGUUCAGGUUUGAUACAGGUUCAGGGCCAGCAGUGCUGACCAGCUUGGUGCCGGUGGAGCCCGGGCAGUGGCACCGACUGGAACUGUCACGACAUUGGCGCCAGGGCACGCUCUCCGUGGAUGGCGAGACCCCAGUGGUGGGUGAGAGUCCCAGUGGCACCGAUGGCCUCAACCUGGACACGGACCUCUUUGUGGGCGGCAUCCCAGAGGACCAGGCUGCCGUGGUGCUUGAGAGGACCUCGGUUGGUGUUGGCCUGAGGGGCUGCAUCCGCCUGCUGGACGUUAACAACCAGCAGCUGGAGCUCGGCAGCUGGCGGGGGGCGGCCCGAGGCUCUGGCGUGGGCGAGUGUGGCGACCAAGCCUGUGUGCCGAGCCCCUGCCACGGUGGGGCUCCGUGCCGGGAGCUGGGAGCUGGCGUGUUCCACUGCCAGUGCCCGCCUGGCCGCUUCGGUCCCACGUGUGCAGAUGAAGAGAGCCCCUGCCAGCCAAACCCCUGCCCGGGGGCAGCGCCCUGCCACGUCCUGCCCAGGGGUGGGGCCGAGUGCGAGUGUCCCCCGGGACGUGAGGGGGCCCUCUGCCAGACAGUCUCAGAGAGGGGUUCCAGCUCUCGACCCUUCCUGGCUGACUUCAGUGGCUUCUCCUACCUGGAACUGAAAGGCUUGCACACCUUUGAAAGAGACCUGGGGGAGAAGAUGGAGCUGGAGCUGGUGUUCCUGGCCCGUGACCCCAACGGCCUGCUCCUCUACAAUGGGCAGAAGACCGAUGGCAAGGGGGACUUUGUGUCCCUGGCACUGCGCGAUGGGCGUCUGGAGUUCCGCUAUGAUCUGGGCAAGGGGGCUGCAGUCAUCAGGAGCAAGGAACCCAUAGCCCUGGGUGCCUGGACCAGGGUCUCCGUGGAGCGAAGUGGCCGCAAGGGCGCCCUCCGUGUGGGCGACGGGCCCCGCGUACUGGGGGAGUCGCCAGUGCCGCACACCAUGCUGAACCUGAAGGAGCCGCUCUAUGUGGGCGGCGCUCCGGACUUCAGCAAGCUGGCUCGGGCCGCCGCGGUGUCGUCUGGCUUUAACGGUGCCAUCCAGCUGCUCUCCCUCAAAGGCCAGCAGCUGCUGACCCAGGAGCACAUGCUGCGGGCGGUGGAUGUCUCAUCCUUUGCAGAUCACCCUUGUACCCAAGCCUCAGGGCACCCCUGCCUCCACGGGGCCUCGUGUCUCCCAAAGGGGGCCGACUAUGAAUGCCUGUGUCCUGGGGGCUUCUCAGGGCGGCGCUGCGAGAAGGGACUGGUUGAAAAAUCGGCAGGGGACCUGGAGACACUGGCCUUUGAUGGACAGACCUACAUUGAGUACCUCAAUGCAGUGACCGAGAGAAAGGCGCUCCAGAGCAACCACUUUGAGCUGAGCCUGCGCACCGAGGCCACUCAGGGGCUAGUCCUGUGGAGCGGCAAGGUCACGGGGCCUUCGGACUAUGUGGCCCUGGCCAUUGUGGAUGGACGCCUGCAGUUGAGCUACGACCUGGGCUCCCAACCUGUGGUGCUGCGCUCCACCGUGAGGGUCAACACCAACCGCUGGCUGCGGGUCAGGGCUCACAGGGAACAGAGGGAAGGCUCCCUUCAGGUGGGCAACGAGGCCCCGGUGACGGGCUCCUCCCCUCUGGGAGCCACACAGCUGGAUACCGACGGGACCCUGUGGCUUGGAGGCGUGCAGAAGCUGCCUGUGGGCCAGACCCUGCCCAAGGCCUACAGCACAGGCUUCGUGGGCUGCCUGCGGGAUGUCGUGGUGGGCCUGCGCCCGCUUCAUCUGCUGGAAGAUGCGGUCACCAAGCCAGAACUUCAGCCCUGCGCUGCCCCCUGACCCGGCACUGGAGCGCCCCCCUCCCUGCUGUAAUUAUUUUCUAUUUUUGUAAACUUGUUGCUUUUUGAUAUGAUUUUCUUGCCUGUGUGUUGGCCAGAGAGACUGUUGGCCAGCCUCCCUUCCGUCCAGGCAGCUACGCUGUGGAGACAAACCAGUGCCAAGAGACUCGAAGGGGCAACGUGGCAGCCGGAGCACGGGGCUCAGAGGCCGCCUCGGGUCGCACUGUGCAUCUGUGCCUGUCCACCUGUGCUGGUCCCUACUGUCCCCUGCUCCCCCACGCCACCCCCACUGCAUCGGACGAGAGCUAUGUACCAGAGCAGGAGGAGAUGGCCCUUCUUGGUUGCAAUGUGAACUGCUUCUUUCUUCCUGUGUGUGCUUUGGGCUAGCCUUACCCCAGACUAGCCUGGACUCCAAGGCCAUGUGCCAGUACUGUGACUUAGCAACAAUGUUAGCUUUGGAGCUAUCCUCCGCCUCCACUGAAUGUCCACCAGUUCUAGGGCACUGAAGGUAGAAGCCAGACCCCAACUCGUCUAAGGUGCCCUGACUGGCCCUCAGCUGGCCUCGCCCAUUAACCCCCACCCUGGAAGAGACUGUCUCCACCACCGGCUCCACGCCCCCUGAGGAGCUCCAGAGGGCAAGUGGGCCAGUAUGUGUGAAUGGUUUACCUCCAUUGCCCCACUGCAUGGAAAGCCAGCAGCAACUUCUCAAGAAUGGCUAUCCAGGCCUGAGCGCCAAAUACGUUCUUCAUGGUUUACUUGAUCUGCCUGGAACGGCAGAGCCGCCAG